CAGGUCCGAAAUCUCCAGGCUCGAUUUCUCCAAACCCUAAUUUUCAAUGCUCCGCUGACCAAUUCCAUUCUUUAGGGAUUAGAAUCCCUAUUCCCUAAUCCCCAAUCCCCCCAAAUUUGGGAAUUUCUGAAAUUCCUAAGCAAUUAGAAUGGCCUCGGAGCUAGGGCAACAGACGGUGGACUUCACCACGGUGGUGAACCGCGCCGCAGAGGAUUCGUUCCUCUCGCUCAAGGAGCUGAUGGAGAAGUCGAAGGCGGCGGCGCCGGAGCUCUCCGAUACGGAUAAGAAGAUAGGGUUGCUUAAGUACUUGGUCAAGACCCAGCAGCGAAUGCUCCGUCUCAAUGUGCUCGCCAAGUGGUGCCAACAGGUCCCGUUGGUACAAUAUUGUCAGCAACUAAGUUCUACGUUGUCAAGUCAUGAUACGUGUUUUACUCAAGCAGCGGAUUCAUUGUUUUUUAUGCAUGAAGGUCUACAACAAGCUUGUGCUCCUAUUUAUGAUGUUCCAUCUGCAGUUGAAAUCCUGCUAUCAGGAUCAUAUCAGCGGUUACCCAAAUGUAUAGAAGAUGUGGGUCUUCAGAGUUCACUGAGUGAGGAUGAGCAGAAGCCGGCAUUGAAAAAGCUGGACAUGCUUGUGCGGAGACAGUUACUAGAGGUGUCGAUCCCAAAAGAAAUAACUGAGGUUAAAGUCUCUGAUGGUACAGCACUGCUUCGUGUCAUUGGGGAGUUCAAGGUUUUGAUUACUCUUGGCUACCGGGGACACCUAUCAAUGUGGAGGAUACUUCACUUGGAGCUGCUUGUUGGUGAAAAAAGUGGACUUAUAAAGCUAGAAGUAUCUCAGAGGCAUAUUCUUGGGGAUGAUUUAGAGCGCAGAAUGGCUGCUGCAGAAAAUCCAUUUAAGACAUUAUACUCUGUUCUACAUGAAAUAUGUGUUAAACUUGUUAUAGACACUGUCUUAAGACAAGUGCAGGCUCUUCGCCAGGGGAGAUGGAAAGAGGCAAUCCGGUUUGAGGUCCUAUCUGAUGGGAGCACCAGUCAUGCAGGGACUUCUGGCUCUACACAAUCAAAUCAAGAUGGAGAAACUGAAACAUCUGGUUUACGAACACCAGGGUUAAAGAUUGUAUACUGGUUAAAUUUCGAUAAAACCAGUGGUACUUCUGAUUCAUCAUCAUGCCCAUUUAUAAAAAUCGAUCCAGGGCCAGAUCUACUGGUAAAAUGUGUUCAUAGCACAUUCGUAAUAGAUCCAUUAACUGGAAAGGAGGCAGAAUUCUCUCUUGACCAAAGUUGUAUUGAUGUUGAGAAAUUGCUUCUGAGAGCCAUAUGCUGUAAUAGAUAUACUCGUCUUCUUGAAAUCCAGAAAGAGCUGGGGAAAAACGAUCAAAUAUCUCGAGGUUCAGGGGAUGUUGCUUUUCAGUCCUGUGUGGAAGAAGCAGACAUUGACCAUGAAAAGAAAGAUCUUAAGUCAGAUGUUAGAGAAUAUGAAGGGCACGAAGUAUUACGCGUGCGUGCCUAUGGCUCAUCAUUUUUUACUCUGGGAAUAAAUAUAAGGAAUGGCCGCUUUCGUCUUCAAUCCUCCCAGAAUAUUCUUGCUUCUUCGGCAUCUUUGUCUGAAUGCGAAGAUGCUUUAAACCAGGGAACUAUGACUGCAGCUGAAGUUUUCAUUAGUUUGAGAAGCAAAAGUAUUUUGCACUUAUUUGCAUCAAUCGGAAGGUUUUUAGGCCUCGAGGUAUAUGAAAGUGGUUUACCUGCAGUUACAUUGCCAAAGAACAUUUCAGAUGGUUCAACUCUUUUGCUAAUGGGGUUUCCAGAUUGUGGGGGCUCUUAUUUUUUGCUGCUGCAACUUGAUAAGGAUUUCAAACCCCUUUUUAAAUUGCUUGAGACUCAGCCCAAUGCCUCUGGAAAAGCUGAUUUUCUUAAUGACCAAAAUCAUGUGAUUCGAAUGAAGAAAAUUGAUGUUAACCAGAUGCAGAUGCAUGAAGAUGAUAUGAAUUUAAGCUUGCUUGACUGGGGAAAACUACAAUCCUUAUUGCCUAGAGCUGGAAGAUCUAACCAGUCAUCUGAAAAUGGUCUUCUUAAUGAUAUUAGCCUAGAGAAUUCUAUGCCAGUUGCAGGAUGUCCACCAUCGAGUUUUUCUUCUGUGGUUGAUGAAGUGUUUGAACUGGAGAAAGGGUUAUCUGCACCUUCCUUCUCUCUUCAAAAAGGCUCUUCCUCAUUCAAUGCUUCUCAUUUUGGCUCUGCUAUGAAUCUUCAUUCCACCAAACCUGGUAGUCCAGCUUCUAAAUGGGAUGGAGGGCAGAUGUCGCAGUUGAACAGUGGUGGAAAUGUGUCUGGCAUGUCUACAUAUUACAAUGGAUCAUUGUACUCAUCUGGUAACUUGAAGGCUCCCAUGCAUUCCGCUUCUCUCAGUUCUCUGGCUUCUGCCCCUGGAAGGAGUGUCCCUGCAAAUAAAAUGUCUGUUUCAAAGUCUGAUCAGGAUUUGGCUUCCCUUAGGUCUCCCCAGUUAGUAGAGUAUGGUUCCACUUCAAUGGAUGAAGAUCACCUGAGAUUUAUGAGUGAUACUUCAAAGGGUGCAACAUAUGGAUUUAAAUCUUCUCAAAUAUUAUCUCCACCUGGUCUCAGUGGCUCCCGGAUGUCAGGGCCAGGGAUUAGACCUAAUGGAACUAAUUUACCUGCGGGGCCUCUAACCGGAUCUUUCAGAGUUGCUGGAUCAAAUUCAUGUGUGACAACUCCUGCAUCCCAUGCACCAGAUUCUGGAGUCUGUGAUUCCCCCCCUGAUCAUGACAGAAAACUUCGAAAGCGUACACUUUCAGAAAUGUUGAAUCUGAUCCCAUCACUGCAAACUGUGGAAGCCAAUUCAGGAUCUUGUAAAAGGAGGAAAGUUUCUGAAGUCGUUCAGGCUCAGUACUCUUCAUCACAGUUGUUAAUGCCAACAUAUAUCACUUCAAAAACUGGGUUAUACAGUUAUGGGGAUCUUAUAUCUGAAGCUAAUAAGGGAUAUGCACCUUCCAGCAUUUAUGUUUCAGCUCUUCUUCAUGUAGUCAGGCACUGUUCACUAGGUAUUAAGCAUGCCAGACUAACUAGCCAGAUGGGGGCUCUGGACAUUCCAUAUGUUGAAGAAGUGGGUUUAAGGAGUACAUCUUCAAACAUAUGGUUCCGACUUCCAUUUGCCAGAGGUGAUACAUGGCAACAUCUGUGCUUGCGUCUUGGCAGAGCUGGGAGCAUAUACUGGGAUGUGAAAAUAAAUGACCAGCAUUUCCGGGAUUUAUGGGAGCUUCAGAAAGGAAGCAAUAGUACACAUUGGGGUUCUGGUGUUCGUAUUGCCAACAUGUCUGACAUCGAUUCUCAUAUUCGUUAUGAUCCAGAAGGCGUUGUUCUUAGUUAUCAGUCUGUGGAGGCUGAUAGCAUAACAAAAUUAGUGGCAGAUAUCCAAAGACUUUCUAAUGCAAGAAUGUUUUCCCUGGGGAUGCGGAAACUGCUAGGAGUGAGAGCAGAUGAGAAACCGGAAGAAAGUGUAAACUCUGACUCUAAAGCACCAGGUGGCAAAGGUUCUUUUGAGGGAGCUGAUAGAUUAUCUGAACAAAUGAGAAGAGCAUUUAGAAUUGAGGCAGUAGGACUCAUGAGUUUGUGGUUCAGUUUUGGAUCUGGUGUCCUCGCUCGCUUUGCUGUUGAGUGGGAAUCAGGUAAAGAAGGUUGUUCUAUGCAUGUAUCUCCUGACCAACUUUGGCCUCAUACCAAGUUUCUGGAAGAUUUCAUAAACGGAGCUGAAGUUGCAUCCCUUUUGGACUGCAUUCGCCUUACUGCGGGUCCCUUACAUGCACUUGCAGCUGCAACACGCCCUGCACGAGCUGGUCCUAUUCAAGGUGUCAGUGGGAUGACGAUUCUCUCGUCUGUCCCAAAACAGGCCGGUUACCUGCCCCAGGGCCUUAUGCAAACCAGUUCAACUACAAAUGGUAAUCAGUCGCCUGUACUUGUUGCGAACUCAAUUUCAUCUGCUGUUACAGGUUCUCUUACAAACCACGGUCUUCAUGGGGCUGCAUUGUUAGCAGCAGCAGCAGCUGCUGGCCGAGGUGGACCUGGCAUUGUGCCCAGCUCACUGCUGCCUAUUGAUGUUUCUGUUGUGCUACGUGGUCCUUACUGGAUACGAAUUAUCUAUCGGAAGCACUUCGCAGUUGACAUGCGGUGUUUUGCUGGAGAUCAGGUUUGGUUACAACCAGCAACACCACCCAAAGGGGGCCCGUCAGUUGGAGGUUCCUUGCCUUGCCCACAAUUUCGCCCAUUUAUUAUGGAGCAUGUGGCACAAGAAUUGAAUGGUUUAGACACUAAUUUUAAUGGUGUCCAACAGACAGGUUUGGCAAAUCUAAACACUCAAAACCCCAGUGCUGGUCUCCAGCUGUCUGCUGUCAAUGCUAAUAGGGUUAAUUCCACUAGUUCUGCUGCAUUGUCAAGGACAGGUAACCAAGUAGCUGUGUUGAACCGUGCUGGAAAUGCUUCUGCAGUGCCCUCAAAUUUGGCAGUUGUGAGCACAGGGAUGCCUAUGCGCAGAUCACCGGGUGCAGGUGUCCCUGCUCAUGUCAGAGGAGAACUGAAUACAGCCAUCAUUGGUCUUGGCGAUGAUGGAGGGUAUGGAGGUGGUUGGGUCCCCCUUGUUGCUCUUAAAAAGGUACUAAGAGGCAUUCUUAAGUACCUUGGAGUACUGUGGCUAUUUGCCCAGCUACCAGAUCUUUUGAAAGAGAUUUUAGGGUCCAUUUUGAAGGACAAUGAAGGCGCACUUUUAAAUUUGGACCAAGAGCAGCCUGCUUUGCGAUUCUUUGUGGGUGGCUAUGUUUUUGCAGUCAGUGUUCACAGAGUUCAACUUCUUCUUCAAGUCUUGAGUGUGAAAAGAUUUCAUCAUCAACAGCAGCAAAAUCCAACCACUGCUCAAGAAGAAUUGACUCCAACUGAAAUAGGAGAAAUCUGUGACUACUUUAGUCGACGUGUUGCAUCAGAGCCUUAUGAUGCUUCUCGUGUUGCAUCAUUCAUCACCCUUUUGACCUUGCCCAUAUCAGUUCUAAGGGAAUUCUUGAAAUUAAUAGCAUGGAAAAAAGGACUACCCCAGCCGGUACAGGGUGGUGAUUUAGCUUCUGCUCAGAAACCGCGUAUUGAAUUAUGUCUUGAAUAUCACGCUGGGUCAAAUAUAGAUGACAAGUCGAAUAAUUCGUCUGUUGCCAAAAGUAAUAUCCAUUAUGAUCGGCCUCACAACUGGGUUGAUUUUGCACUGACUCUUGUUCUUGAUUCUGCUCACAUACCGCACAUAAAUGCCGCAGGUGGUGCAGCAUGGCUACCUUACUGUGUAUCAGUAAAGUUGAGAUAUUCAUUUGGCGAAAAUCUAAGUGUGUCCUUUCUUGGCAUGGAAGGAAGCCAUGGAGGUCGAGCUUGCUGGUCACGCAUUGAUGACUGGGAGAAAUGUAAACAAAAGGUUGCUCGGACUGUGGAGAGUUGUGCAGGAGGAGACGUUAGUCUAGGAAGGUUAAGACUUGUUGCUGACUACGUCCAGAGGACGCUGCAUAUGUGGCUUCAAGGUUUGAGAGAUGGCAGUGGGGUUAGUGCAACCUCUGUGGUAACGUGACUAGUAGUUCGCUGAGGGAUUGAUUGUGACGUUUGCUCUGAUUUUGUUUCAUCCUCUUAGAUUGGAGUUGAAACUUGUAGUGAUAUAUAUAUACACGGAGCUUUUCAGGUGCUUUUCAGGUGCGGAGGUUCGUACCUUAAGCUAAGGUACGGAUUUUCAUUUUUUAUCAACUUUUCGAUCGAGUUUUCACAACUCCACCGUCCAAUGUCUAGGUUAUAAUGUAUAGAUCAUCUCCACAAAAUUUCAGCCGAUUUCAUGAUCGUUAAGGUAUCAAACUAAUCAAAACCAAUGGACGUAUUGAAUUUGCCGAACCUGAAGCGUUCAUAGUUUGAGUAGAAAAUCGAAGUUAUGAGUACCUUAACGGUGAUGAAAUCGGGUGAAAUUUUGUGGAGAUGAUCUAUACGUUAUAGCCUAGAUAUUGGACGGUGGAGAUGUGAAAACUCGAUCGAAAAGUUGGUCAAAAAUGAAAAUCCGUACCUUAAGCUGAGAUAAGGGCCUCCUUACCUGAAAAGCCCCUUAUAUAUAUAUAUGCAGAAUGCUGAAUGGUGCUGGGAGAGAUCGCUGGGAUAUGGUGGUCUGAUGCAGUUUGCAUCUGAUAGGUAUGAUAGACUCCUAGCUGAUUGGGAUAAUCUGAUUCAUGGGUUGUACAAUAUUUUGGUUCUUCUGAGAAUUAGGAACUUUGGGUUCUAGAUUUUGUUGUUGUUGUAACUUGUAUAUACACUUAAUAAAAUUUUGAUUUGCCAUUAGGUCA